GGACCCCAAAAAGUUCAAAAGCUCAGAAUCACAGGUGGUGGUGGCCAACCUUAUAAGGCCACAAGUUUCCGAAUGAAGACAAUCCUGUGGAACUGUAGAGGUCUUGGUGGGCCCUCUAUAGUAUCCCAGGUCAAGGAAGCCAUUAGGUUCCAUCACCCUACACUGGUUUUCCUAUCUGAAACCAGGAAGAAUAAAGAUUUUACAAAAACAGUGUGUUCUAAACUGGGAUUUGAGAAUAGAUGGCUGGUCAGUGAGCCCAAUGGUCAGAGUAGGGGACUUUUACUACUCUG